CAGGACAUUUAGCAUAGUGCCUGGCACAUAAUUUUUGAAAAAUGAGAGAACAAAAGACAGAUAAGUAAUGGAAACCGGGGAAAGUAAACAACCAGCAUGAUCUCUUACAAUGGGGAAACUGGAUUGAAAUCUGCACGUUGCCAAGGGCAAGAAGCUGAGAACAUGGAGAGAGAGAAGUUUCAGCAGAAGGCUCUGAAGCAAACUAAGCAGAAGAAAUCCAAGUCGGCUGAAUUUCUGAUGGUUAAAGAAGAUAGAGAAGCUACAGAAGGCAUUGGAAAUCCCGCUUUUAACGUGAGCAGUCCAGAUCUCUCAGCAUGUCAGACUGCAGAAAAGAAAGUUAUUAGACAUGACAUGCCAGAUCGCACCCUUGCAGCUCCCCAACAAAAAUUCGGGCUGCCAGCCUCUGCAGAACCAAAAGGAAAUGAAUACGGCAGAAAUUACUUUGACCCACUGAUGGAUGAGGAAAUAAACCCAAGGCAGUGUGCGAUGGAGGUCAGCAGAGAAGUUUGUCUAAUGGCUAAAGGAGAGAAAGCAGAAUCAGGAGUGGAUAAUACAGCUGGCCUUUCAGAGAAAGAAACAGAGAAGAACGCUUGUGCCUCAAUGGAUGAGGAAGAAGCUAAAUCCACAGUACACUCUUCUCAGGGGAGCAUUACUAAUAAAAUCGGUCCCUGUUCUAUGGACUAUGAUCCCAAUCUCUUAAAAGAAGACCUACACUCUCAGGGAGAUAGCCUGACGGAUCAUUCUGUGAAAGAAAAAUCAACUGUUUUGAGAACUGGAGAAGCUGAAGAUUAUUCACAGGACAUAUCUUACUUGGAGGAACUGGAGGAACACCGAUUUUCUGUCUGCUGUUCUUCAGUUGCUGACAGUAGAUCCGGAGACUUCUUCAAGCAUCUCCAUUUUGUGCUGGUAUCAGUGUCUUCAGAACUUCAGUUAUCUCAAUGGCAAAGCCAGGGCUUCUGGUACAUUAUCCUGCUGAUGGUUUCUCUCUGGUUCCUGAGGCUCUACCUGCAUUACCUGGGCCAGUGGCUUUUCCUCCAGGCCAUUUCAACUCCUGUUACAAAAUUCCAUUUUUCUCUUUACACCGUUGAGCUUCGCUACCCAACUUCCUCACUUCACAUUGGAGAAGAGUUUCCUGUGGUUGUGAUGGGGCCUUUAAUGCUGAAUGCAAUCCUACUUCUUUUGGUUUUGAUCAGAUGGGGCUGUCAGCUACUGUUUGCCUCCUGCCCUGAUGUCUUGUCAAAGUUAAUCAUUACCAUGGGACUAUGGACAGUUCUAGACCCAUUGGCAGUGUUUAUAGUGGAUACUCUCCUGGGGCGGCUAACAGAUAAUGAGGAGACUCCCAUGGCGGAUGCCGCGAAGCUCUACUGGAUGUUUGUAAGAACGAUGCAGCCAGGCAUUCUUGGCGUGGUGAUCACAGUGCUGCUUUACAUCCUCCUGUUCAUCAUUUCUUCUUUGAUUUUACAUUUAUAUUGUCUCAGCUGCCCAAAUCAGGUCACACCUCUUCCGCUUUCAAACUUCCAGCAGCUUUCCCCAUAUGUGAAUUACAUUCAAAAUGACUCAGCACAGCAUCCAGGGUCUUCGCAGUACCACUUGACUUUCCAAGCUCACGUCCUUGUCCUCACACACCUCCUCAGUCCCGUCCACCGAACCCUUCAUUGGCCGCUGGGCCUGCUGUGCACUUCUGCAUCUCAGUGCCUUUCGGGUGCUCCUCCUCUGCCAGGAGCACCUGUCACACUUUUCAUACCUAUCAAAAUCCCACUGAAGUUCUGA